AUGCCCGACAAGGACGCCGGCACACCCCGCGUCUUCAUCUACCGACAUGGACAGACAAUCUGGUCCAAGAGCGGCCAAUACACCGGCAAGACAGAGCUUGAUCUGACUGAAGAUGGCCAGAAACAAGUCCGGGCUUCAGGCAAGCAGAUUGUCGGAUCAGGCAAACUGAUCGACCCAGCUCAUCUUGCUCAUGUCUACAUCAGUCCGCGCAAGCGCGCAAUGCAGACAUUCCAGAUCGCUUUCGCGGAAGGAGAUCAGCAGAAGCUCAAAGAUGCGAAGAAGAUCAGCGAGACUGAGCGACUUGCGGAAUGGGACUAUGGUCAGUAUGAGGGUCUGCUGACGAAGGAGAUUCGGGCCUUGCGUAAGGAGCAUGGAUUGGAUGCUGAGAAGCCGUGGGAUAUUUGGCGCGAUGGCUGUGAGGGCGGAGAGUCUGCCCAGGAGGUCUCUGAUCGCAUCGACGAUCUCAUUUCAGAGAUCCGUGAGAUCCACCGAAACAACAUGCACGGCGAGAAGCACUGUGAUGUGGUUCUUGUGGCUCAUGGCCACCUUCUGCGGGCUUUCACCAAACGCUGGCUUGGGUAUCCGAUGGACUUUCCUCUUUCUCUGAUGCUGGACCCUGGAGCGGUCGGUGUUCUCAGUUAUCAACACCACAACAUCGAUGAACCUGCGCUGAUGGUCGGCUAUGGAUUCCCCGUUGAGUAA